AUGAUUAAAUCUUUUAGAUUUUCAGCUUCUAGUCUUUUAAAUUUUAGAAACCAAUGCUUUAAUACUUAACGUGUAGGUAAGGUAUUUUAUGCGCCAAAGUUAUUAACUUUCCCACUGUUGAAGUAAAAUUUUACUCAGCUCGAAAAAGGCUCAGACUUGCAAUAAUCAGUAGAAAAAUAAACUAAAAAGAAAAAAGGUAUGAGUAAAAUAAUUAAAAAAUCAAGCUCUAUUUCAGAGCCUGAAUAGUCGUAGUCCAGUACUACUACUUAAAAGACUAAAAAGCAGGCUCAAUUAGGUGAUUUCUUUGCUGGAAUAAAAAAAAAACCUGAGACCUAAGUUGAAGAUAAAGUAGAAAUAAAUACAGAAUUAGGAGAUGGAAUUUGGAAAGAUCGUUAAAAUAUUAAAAUAGCAUGUUGGAAUGUGAAUGGAUUAAGAGCUGUUUUGAAAAGAGAAGACUUAUAAAAGUAUAUAAAGUAAGAAAAUCCUGAUAUUCUAUGCCUAAAUGAAACUAAAAUAGAUGAAUCGAAUUUUAUAAAAGAAAAAGUAUACAAAGAUAUUCCUUCAGGCUAUUACUAAUAUUGGAAUUUCUGUAUACCACCAAUUAAGGGUUACUCUGGCGUUUCUAUUUUCUCUAAAGAAAAAGUCAUUAGCAUUAAAAAAGGUAUAGAUAUUGCAGAGCACGAGAACGAAGGAAGGGUUCUUACAGCUGAAUUCGAUAAAUUUUAUUUAGUUGUAGUUUAUGUCCCUAAUGCAGGAUCGGAAUUAGUUAGACUAGAUUAUAGAGUUAAUUCGUUUGAUAAAGACUUUCAAAAUUAUUUAAACUAACUAAAAUUGAAAAAAAAUGUGAUUCUUUGUGGUGAUUUAAAUGUAGCUCACUAAGAAAUAGAUAUAGCUAAUCCCAAAUCUAAUAGAAACUCUCCAGGAUUUACAAUUGAAGAAAGGAAUAGCUUUAGUAAAUUUUUAGAAAGUGGAUGGAUAGAUACAUUUAGAUUUUUAUAUCCAGAAACUAUAAAAUAUUCUUGGUGGAGUGUUAGAACUAAAGCUAGAGAAUCAAAUAUAGGAUGGAGAAUAGAUUAUUUCGUUGUAAAUAAAGAAUUUAAGUCCUCUAUUAAAGACUCUAUGAUAAAUAAUAAUAUCUAUGGAAGUGACCAUUGUCCAGUUGAAUUUAUUUUAAAUUUAGAUGCUAUUUAAUAAAAUGAAACUUCUUCAAACGAAAAUACAUAAACAAAUAAAUCUAAUUGA